GUCUCUCUCUCUCUCUAAAAAAUCACCAUCGCUAUUCCUCUUCCAAAUCUUUCUCAUCAAAAUUCAGAUCUUUCUCAGAAGUAUAAGCUUUGGAAAAACUCAGAUCAGUUCAGAAGUAUAAGCUAAUUCUUUAUCAGCUGAAUGCGCUUUGGUUUGAAGAAAACCAAAGCGAUUUGUAGAAAUUGUACGGUCAGUAGGGUUGUUGUUUUUGUCUAUAUAUAUAUAUAUUGUGAUCGCUCUUCUUCUUAUUCUCGGUGUAUUCUGAGAGAUUGAGAAACGACGCCGGCCUGACACAGUGUACUGAGGAGGAAGUCAGCGUUGCGCAUGUGACCAGUUGGACUUUUGGGUGUUAGUUUUAAUAAUUAUUUGGUUUGGUUGGGGUGUCGGGAGCUUGGUGAAGAAUGCCUCACAAAACGACUUACUUCUUCCCAAGGCAAUUCCCGGAUCGAAGGUUCGAUUCGUCAUCCAAACAGCUGUUGCAAGAAGAUCAUCACGAUCACGAGAAAGGAAGCAAAGACAGCGACACUGCCACCACCUCCACCACCACCACCACAAACGUGACUAGAGAUAGAGAUGAUCACCAACAAAAGGUGCUCAAAACCGCCACCAGCAACUUGUACAAAUCCUCAGCCACUACCACUUCUGCUCUGUCUUCCGAAGUUCAGUACUUCACGGGCCACGUCCUCGAAAGGAAGCCACCGCAGUUGGCCACCUUUUGCGACUGGUUCCGUCAUGACAAGAAGGGGACUAGUACUCGACCCAAGCCAUCGAAUACUCCUGGUCACGUGAGGGGCCCAAGGAGGUUGUCAUCCUCCUCAUCAUCCUCAUGCCACCUUGUUGAUGAGGAUCGCGAGCUGUUGCUCCCGCGUCUGCCUCGUCAUUAUCAUGGUGAUCACUAUCACGAUCAUCAUGUGGCCGAGGCUGGCCCACCGCAGAUGGCGCCGGAGUCCACCACGAUGGCUAUGCUCAAGCACCGGAGUGUUGACCGGAGCUUUGACCGGCAGGUGUCGCUGCCGAGGGUUUCGAGCGGGAGUAGCUAUGCGGGGAGCUUGUUUUCAGGAACGACGACGUUGGAUGGGAACUUCUCUGGGGAUGUUAAGGACUCGUCCGUGACAACGAGGCAUUUGGAAGUGGAGGAAGAGGAGGAUGUGGGGGAGGAGAGUGCUAAAGUGAGCUUGUCGCAGAGGUCUAAGGAGAGUUAUUGUUUGCAGCUUCUUUUGGCCAAGAGGCUUAGUUCUCAGGCUACUCUGGGUGCUGAAACAUUGUUCUUGCACGAGACUCGUACUGAACUUGAGGUUACGGAUGCUGAGACGGUGUCGUACCGGCUCUGGGUCAGUGGCUGCUUGUCUUACAAUGACAAGAUAUCAGAUGGUUUCUACAACAUUUUGGGGAUGAAUCCAUAUCUUUGGGUGCUAUGCAAUGAUGUGGAGGAGGGUAAACGUAUACCGUCCUUGAUGUCACUUAAAGAAGUUAAACCUGGUGAGACAUCAAUGGAGGUGCUUCUUGUCGAUAAAAAUGGUGACUCUCGCCUGAAGGAGCUUCAAGAUAAAGCACAUCAACUAUCGUGCUCUUCAGAGAAUACUUUAAUAUUGGUGGAGAAACUUGGCAAGCUUGUUGCAGUCUAUAUGGGGGGUAAUUAUCCCGCGGAGCAAGGAGAUCUACACACGCGUUGGAAAGUGGUUAGCAAGAGAUUGAGGGAUUUUCAUAAGUGUAUUGUGCUCCCCAUUGGCAUCCUAUCAAUGGGGCUUUGCCGGCAUCGUGCCAUUCUUUUCAAGAAAUUGGCAGACCACAUAGGUUUGCCUUGUCGCAUAGCUCGUGGUUGUAAGUAUUGUGUAGCAGAUCAUCGGUCCUCUUGUCUUGUCAAAAUUGAAGAUGACAGGAAGCUUUUGAGGGAAUAUGUGGUUGAUCUAGUUGGGGAACCAGGAAACCUUCACGGUCCAGACUCUUCGAUAAAUGGAGGAACUCUUUCUUCUAUACCUUCACCAUUUCAAAAUUCUCACCUAAAAGAAUCCCAACAACCUUACAAGGAUAGUGGAUUAUUUUGCCAAUUCACAAACUCAAAGCACUCAUGGGCUCCUCCUGAAGAUCCCUUUUAUGCAGGUUCUUCAAUCCUUAAAGAUCAAUCUCUUACAGUCGGUGAGGAGGGAGGUCAUGUCAUCAAGGAAACCAAUUUGCUUCCGGUUGAUCAAACUAGAUUUGGGUGGGAAUCUUCUCUGAUGCCUUUGGGUUUGAAGGGAAACGCUCCACAUUGCCUUGAGGGCGAUUCUUCAGAAGCUCUUGAUAUUACUGCAACCGCUGCUGUGGCAUCAUUAGAGGAAUGUGCUAGACUUCGCGAAGAAAAUGCUGUUAUACAACAAGCUUACAGAAAGGAGAUUGUUGCAUCAAGAAGUCAGUUUAUAAGUAACAGUGUUGACCAAUGUAAAGUAACUUUGUACAACCAAUCAGAUCUAGAGGGGGUUCAUAGUGAACUUGUGAAACAAGGUAGAAUUUCUGCUGUGACUAUCCCAAGGUACUUGAAUCUUGAACCGUCUCUUGCAAUGGACUGGCUUGAGAUCGCAUGGGACGAGUUGAAUAUCAAAGAGCGUGUUGGUGCUGGCUCAUUUGGGACAGUGCAUCGUGCAGAAUGGAAUAGAUCGGAUGUUGCCGUCAAGGUUCUAACUGUUCAGGAUUUCCAUGAUGAUCAAUUGAAAGAGUUUUUACGUGAGGUUGCAAUUAUGAAACGUGUUCGUCAUCCAAACGUAGUUCUUUUCAUGGGUGCGGUUACAAAGCGUCCUCAUCUGUCUAUAGUGACUGAAUAUCUGCCAAGGGGUAGUCUUUAUCGCCUCAUUCACAGGCCAGCUUCCGGGGAACUUCUGGAUCAGAGGAGGCGGUUGCGAUUGGCAUUGGAUGUGGCCAAGGGGAUCAAUUACCUCCAUUGUCUUAACCCUCCUAUUGUCCAUUGGGAUCUUAAGUCUCCAAAUUUGUUGGUUGAUAAAAAUUGGACAGCAAAGGUAUGCGAUUUUGGGUUGUCCAGAUUUAAGGCGAACACUUUCAUAUCAUCCAAGUCCGUCGCUGGAACACCUGAGUGGAUGGCUCCAGAAUUCCUUCGAGGAGAGCCCUCAAAUGAGAAGUCCGAUGUUUACAGUUUCGGAGUGAUCCUAUGGGAACUUGUAACCAUGGAACAACCCUGGAAAGGUCUUAGCCCCGCCCAGGUAGUCGGAGCAGUUGCUUUCCAGAACAGAAGGCUUGCUAUCCCUGUUAAUACUCCCCCAAUGUUGGCUUCGCUUGUGGAAUCCUGCUGGGCUGAUGAUCCAGCCCAGCGCCCUUGUUUUGGUAGCAUAGUAGAGUCACUAAAGAGGUUGCUAAAGUCUCCUCUGCAAUUGGUUCCGGUGGCUGGAACAUCGCCUUCUGCCCGGAUCUGAGUUGAAGAGUUGACGGUUAUACUUUGGUAGUCGAAUUUCUGCAACUGACUAAGCUUCUUUGGUUCUUGGCAAGUUUGUAGACGCGUUUCUUGCCUAACCCAAUGACCGUCGCGUAAUACGCAUGGUUUAGCAAUGUACCCAAAUAUCGAAGAGGAUCAAACCGUACUAUUCAAAUAUUUUUGGUCUUUUCAGAUCGAUGAACGUUUGAUUUCUCUUUUAA